AAUCAGCGUGUCUCGAACGAAGAGCAGUAAGAUGAAAGCAUCGUCUUGACAGGAGUCUUUUAGGAAGCCUCAGGUCAAGAGUAGUGAGGAUGGCUUUACCAAAGGCCCUGCGGUUCGGUGUUUUGAUGUUGGUUAUGUGCUUCACUUUCAACCAACCAGGAUUCAGACAGUCUGUGUCUGUCUUCUUUCAGGAUCUGAGGGAUGCCACAUCAUCCAUCCUACAUGCCAGAGAGAAAAGACAAGCCUCUUCUGCUCUCUCAAACUUUACUGAAUACGAUCUGCAACUUGUCAUAACCUUCUCUGACCUCGAGAGUCUCCAAACGCUUCUGAGCAACAUCAGCUUCCCUUUUGCGAUCAACAACACUGUGGAAGUCAACAGCAUCGAGACAACAACAGUGUGUACACCGAACAUAACUGGGUACCAGUGCGCAUGUGAGGAGAGCUUUGCCUGGUCUUACAACAACUGCGUUACGUAUGGGGUCUGUGACGCCAUUAUUGGUGACAAAUGUGGCUGCAUUAAUGGCCUGCCAGCUGAUGAUCAGUUCUGCCAGCCAAACAUCAGCCAAACAGUGACAACGACCGCAACACCAUCUUCUACACAAGCAAAUGAUCUAAUGGACUUCGAUGUGGUCAUCGUCGUUUUCAUCCCAACCUCUAGUGUUCGACCAAGUAUAUUCAGCGAUGUCAGAAGCACUGUACAAAAUCUUACCUUCCCAAUACGCAUCUCUCAGACUCUGGAAGUGAAAGAGAUCUACUUCACCACAGCCUGUGAUCCAAACUCUGCUAAUGGACUCCAGUGUCAAUGUGAGAGCGGCUUUGCUUGGCCAUGUGACAGGUGUAACAGCAGCAACUCAUGCAACAAUCAAACCUGUACAUGUUUAUAUGGACUUCCUCCCAAUGAUGAGUUCUGUCAGCCAGUCUCAAAUGCCACUAUAUGUGAGCCAACUCCUAUAGAAUGUGUGGACAUUGAAGUAAUCCUUGACCUGCAGCUCCCAGUGACCACUGCACCAUCAAACUUACUUGAUUUGCUCAGGGCAGCUUUGAGAAAUGAAACCUUUCCCAUUGAGCUCUCGCAGUCUUUAGAUGUUUUAGAUGUAGAGUUAACCACAGCUUGCUCUCCAAACUCCACCGAUGAACUGCUCUGUCAAUGUGAAGAAGGUUUUGCUUGGCCAUGUCACAUGUGCAACAGCAGCAAUACAUGCAAUGACCCCAGCAAUCUGUUCUGUACGUGUUUAAAUGGACUUCCUUCCAACAACAACUUCUGCCAGCCAAUCACAAAUUCCUCUGUGUGCCCAACUCCUACUCCAGUGACAACGGUCUCAACAACUCCUUCACCAAUUUAUGAGAUUGAUUUAGUCGUGGAAGUACACAUCCCAAUCUCAAGCUACCAGUCUGACAUGCUGGAUGAGUUUCGAGAGUCUCUGAACAACAAAACUUUCCUCACACCAUUCUCAAAGUCUUUAAACAUUACAGAGUUAUCCUUGACCACAGUCUGUGACCCAAACUCCCCUUAUGGAUAUCAGUGUGUGUGUGAAAGCAGCUUUGCUUGGCCAUGUGACAUGUGCAGCAGUAACAAUUCAUGCAGCAAUCAAACCUGUACGUGCAUAUAUGGACUUCCUUCCAACAACGACUUCUGUGAGCCAAUCACAAAUAAUUCCAUAUGCCCGACACCAACACCACCUCCAGAGCUAGUGGACAUCGAUGUGGUCGUUGUCUCGUUCAUCCCAACCUCUAGUGUUCCAUCAAGUAUAUUCACCUACGUCAGAAGCACUCUGCAAAGACUUACCUUCCCAAUACGCAUCUCUCAGACUCUGCAAAUGAAAGAGGUCAACUUCACCACAGCCUGUGAUCCAAACUCUGCUAAUGGACUCCAGUGUCAAUGUGAGAGCGGCUUUGCUUGGCCAUGUGACACGUGUAACAGCAGCAACUCAUGCAACAAUCAAGCCUGUACAUGUUUAUAUGGACUUCCUCCCAAUGAUGAGUUCUGUCAGCCAGUCUCAAAUGCCACUAUAUGUGAGCCAACUACUAUAGAAAUCAAUCUGGUUCUUGAAGUGCACAUCCCAGUGGACAGUUUACAGAAAAACACGCUCGAUACAUUCAGAAGGAAUCUGCUGAAUAAAACCAUCCCUGAUGUACAUCAGGCUUUCACAGUGUUAGAAAUAACACUGACCACAGUCUGUGACCCAAACUCCCCUUAUGGAUAUCAGUGUGUGUGUGAAAGCGGCUUUGCUUGGCCAUGUGACAUGUGCAGCAGUAACAAUUCAUGCAGCAAUCAAACCUGUACGUGCAUAUAUGGACUUCCUUCCAACAACGACUUCUGUGAGCCAAUCACAAAUAAUUCCAUAUGCCCGACACCAAAACCACCUCCAGAGCUAGUGGACAUCGAUGUGGUCGUUGUCUCGUUCAUCCCAACCUCUAGUGUUCCAUCAAGUAUAUUCACCUACGUCAGAAGAACUCUGCAAAGACUUACCUUCCCAAUACGCAUCUCUCAGACUCUGCAAAUGAAAGAGGUCAACUUCACCACAGCCUGUGAUCCAAACUCUGCUAAUGGACUCCAGUGUCAAUGUGAGAGCGGCUUUGCUUGGCCAUGUGACAGGUGUAACAGCAGCAACUCAUGCAACAAUCAAGCCUGUACAUGUUUAUAUGGACUUCCUCCCAAUGAUGAGUUCUGUCAGCCGGUCUCAAAUGCCACUAUAUGUGAGCCAACUCCUAUAGUGGACAUCGAUGUGGGCAUCGUCGUGUUCAUCCCAACCUCUAGAGUUCUGCCAAGUAUUUUCAGUGAUGUCAGAAGCACUCUGCAAAUUAUUACCUUCCCAAUACGCAUCUCUCAGACUCUGGAAGUGAAAGAGGUCAACUUCACCACAGCCUGUGAUCCAAACUCUGCUAAUGGACUCCAGUGUCAAUGUGAGAGCGGCUUUGCUUGGCCAUGUGACAGGUGUAACAGCAGCAACUCAUGCAACAAUCAAACCUGUACAUGUUUAUAUGGACUUCCUCCCAAUGAUGAGUACUGUCAGCCGGUCUCAAAUUCCUCUGUGUGCCCAACUCCUACUCCAGCCACAGCUGACCCGACAACAGCGGCCACGACGCCUGUAGCGACGACUGUAGCGACGACUGUAGCGACAAUCGAGCCGCUGAAAGACACUGACGUGAUCUUCGUCUUCCGGAUCCCAGCCUCCAUUGUGCAAAGUUAUCCAAUUCAACUACUCAAAAGCAAAUUUUACAACUUAACCAACGACGUAACUCUCCCAGCGUUUUUGAAAGUGAAAGAAAUAAAGUUGACCACAGUCUGCUCUCCCAUCACACCGGUGCAACUGCGCUGUCAGUGUGAGGACAGUUUUGCAUGGCCAUGUGAUCUGUGCAACACCAGCAACUCAUGCAAUGGCGACACCAGUCAGCAGUGCACAUGCAGAAAUGGACUCUCUUCUAUCAACCAGUAUUGUCAACCCCUCCUAAGUAGCACACCAUGUUCCGCCACAACACCCCUGCCAAACAUAACGGCACCACCGCCAACCAUAGCAACGCCAGAACCGACACCACCGCCAACCAUAGCAACGCCAGAACCGACACCACCGCCAACCAUAGCAACGCCAGAACCGACACCGACGCCUAAAAACGUAUUAGGCACCUUUACCAUCGACAUGCCGUUCGACAUCUCAUUCAAUGACAAGAACAAUCAAGUUUAUAAAACCAUUUAUGACGCUACUUUAAACAAGUGUACAAUUGUUUUAAAAAACAAGUGUGAGGUUAAAAAUCUGACUUUCACGCCCGGGAGUACAAUUGCUAAUUACGAGCUUAAUGUUUUUUCACCUGACCCACCACCAGAUAUCAAAGUUACAAUAACAAAAAAUGAAAUUUUAUCAGAAGUGGCAUCAAAAUACCCUGUCAGCAUUCCCAGUUCGAAGCCAUUGUCUGUUGAUCCAAAUCCACUCUACGUCGGGGACAGCAUAAAAGUGACCUGUGACCCAUCUGACCUCACCUCAACUGGCCUCAGCAUUAUUAACGAGACAGUGUCAUGGACACGAAAAGAAGGAGCCCUUCCCAAGCAAUCCAUUAUUGAUAAAUAUUCAAUCCUAAUCCCUAAAUUUUCAAUAUAUGAUGACGGGGUCUAUGAAUGUAAGAUAACCUGGGGAGCCGGUUCAACUUUCAUACAGACGAGGCAGCUGAUUUCCAAAGCACUCCCUCUGAUCACUGUGACUCCAAUCAGAGACACAGUGAAGUGUUCUGGGACAAGGGAACUGACCUGCCAAGUAGAUGAAUUGAAAGCUACAUUGAUCGAUCCAAAUGGAAAUGAUUUAGGCGUAGCAAGCUGGAACUUCGUGCCCUCUGAUUCGUGUAAUGAUGGUGAUGUGUUGACGUACAAAUGUAAAUUGUCAGGAAGGGACAGUGCAAAAGAAAUCACACUGAUACUAACCAGAAAACCGAACUUUGACUGCAUAAGUGACAUAUAUGGAAAUGCAAUAAUUGGGAAUAUAGGUGUUGGAAAAUGUGACACUAACUAUGAGGGGGAAAAGACAGCAGUUUGUAUGGAAGAUGGUAAAUAUGGAGAUGAACAAGACAAGUGUGUCCUACAAGUGAUUGUGGACCUGCUUGUUCGAUCAAAGGAAUUGAAUGAGUUGACUAUUCCAGUAUUCUUGGAGGAUCUCAAAAAUGCGACUGUACAGAAUAAUAAUCUGAUCAUUGAGUCUCCGGCGACCCUCAUUGCCAUGAUUAAGAUCUUUGAAAACGUCGCCAACGCAUCCACAUCUUUACAAAUCAAUCUAGGGAGAAAUUCCACAACGAACUUCCUAGAAAGUGCCGGCCUUCUCAUGAUUGACGAUGCCAGGGAGUCUUGGAGUUUUCUAAAUUACAACGACACCAGAAAUACAACAGAAGAAGAACUAUUGAAAGAUAGCUCCAGCUCUGCAUUCUUGAAUGUUUUUGAAAACUUACCAAGUUUUAUUGGCAAUGACACGCUGGACAUCAACACAGAUUUCAUUAUCCUGAACAAAACCAGGCUCACAGAGCCUUUCAGCAGUGUGUAUAACUCCUCGGUGGAAAUAGAAAUACCACAGGCUGGUGGAGACGAAGAAUUCAUCACCAUAAUCAUUUUUGCUUCAAUGUACAAUGUGCUUCCUGGAAGAGACAAGCUCAACACCUCCUCCAGCCGCGUCCAUGGCAGGGUUGCUCUUGUUCGUCCUGAAGUUGAAAUCUCAAAUAUUUCAUUGACAUUUGAUGUCAUAAAUUACACAAAUUUCACAAUAGGAAACCCUAAAUGUGUUUUUUGGGAUUUCAACCUCUAUGAUGGCCUCGGAGGAUGGAGUGACGACGGCUGCUCGUUAGUUUACUUUGAAAAUGAGACGGUGAGCUGCAACUGCAACCACACCACCUCCUUUUCCAUCCUGAUGUCACCCGACAGCCCUAGAAGUCUGAUUCUGGACUUCAUCACCUACAUUGGAGUCGGAAUUUCUAUGGCCUGCCUGGUCAUUUGUCUCAUCAUUGAAGCAGUCAUAUGGAGAAAAAUCAACAAGAACGCAACGUCGUACUUGCGUCACGUCUCCAUCGUCAACAUCGCUCUGUCCCUCCUGAUUGCAAAUAUUUGGUUCAUCAUUGGAGCGGCCAUUUCAGACGCAGACCAGAAGAAUCCUCCGGCCUGCACAGCCGCUACCUUCUUCAUCCACUUUUUCUACCUGGCCCUGUUCUUCUGGAUGUUAGCCUCGGCCCUGCUGCUGCUCUACCGGACUCUCAGUGUCUUUGACGGAGGGCUGUCUAAACUAACCAUGCUGAUCAUCGGAUUCUCUUUGGGAUAUGGAGCGCCGCUGAUCAUCGCGACUAUAACUAUAGCUGCAACUGCUCCUUCAAACGAGUACAUCCGGGAAAAUGUCGUCUGUUGGCUCAACUGGUACGAGUCCAAAGCUCUGCUGGCCUUCGUGAUCCCUGCACUUACGAUAGUAAUGAUAAACUUUAUCAUCCUGAUUGUGGUGUUGUACAAAAUAUUGAGAAGAAGAGUUGGAGGAAAUGCAGCCCAAACAGGAGAGAAGCACGUUCUGUAUGUGAUAGCCAGGAGUUUGGCUGUGCUCACGCCGUUUUUUGGGCUGACUUGGGGUUUGGGAAUCGGAACCAUGGUUGACCCCAAAAACUUUGGGAUCCAUGUUGCAUUUGCUUUCUUCAAUUCACUGCAGGGUUUCUUUAUUCUGGUGUUCGGAACACUGUUGGACAAAAAGGUGUGGUCGGCAAUGAACAUACGAUCACUGACGUCACAGGGUAGAACACAGAGCACCAGUGCUGGAACCUCAUCUAGUGGACUGAGCAACUUGUUCCAGAGAAUGAGAAGAAAUAGAGGCUCCAGGAGUGGGUACAAUGUGUCUUCUGGACCAAGUAAUAGUGAGCCAUUAAACACAUAACAUGUGCAGGAAACCAUGCCCAUAUCAGGAAAGCAACAAACACAAAUCAGUUUUUUUCCCUCAUUGCUACAGCUUUAAGUUAUGACAUAAUCUGAAAGAGCCCCGCUCGUUUCUCUUUUUGAAAAAUGAAGGAAGCAUUAAUUCUGCCAUCUUGUAAAAGCAGCAUUUUAGAAAGCUUUUCAAAGAUGUGUAAUGCAGAAAAGCUAAAUAUUUUAAUAUUACAGAACCUUUGUUUGUGGGAAAUGCACAAUAAUGUAGUACUACAUAAUUUUAAAAAAAAAUUUAAAGUAAUAUAUUUUACUUUCCUCAGAUGGAAUGGCAUGUGAGUAAAUUUUGAGAAAAAAGUUGUUUGUGGUUUAAAUGUCAGGUUUUAUAUCCACAAAAACUUUGGAAAAUAUAUUGGAUUUUUUAAAAUUAAACUAUGUAACUUGCAGCAAAAAUGGUCAAAUCCCCUAAAUGGAAUUGAGUUAUUAAUCAAUGGUAAUCUUUGUAUUGAACAGCUACUUCACUGUGUUUGCAUAACUUCUCUGUAAUCGAUGUGUUAUGCAAUGACAGCCAUUUAUAGAAGCAUUUUCUACUGUUUUGGUUUGUCAUGUUAUAUUGAUGGUUAAUAUUAUUUACAUGUAAGACAUUGUAUUGAGUCUUUCCUGGUCACAAGAGGAUACUAAAAAUGUGUAACAUUUACUGUUCCUACAUUUGCAUUGGAUCAGGGAGGAUUCUGGGAUUUCUGUUUUUGUUAAAGGGCACCACACAAAACUCAGCUAUAGACAUAAACACUCAAAGAAAUCCUCUUUAAACCUUCGGCAGCUCAUCUCCAGAGAGCCUCUGGUGUUUGAAGAUGUAAAAAACAUGUUUAUCUUGCUUUACGAUCUGUGUUUUGAUUGUAAAGUUAGGCAGACAUGUUUGCUUUGUAUCUCAAUGAAACAUCCACAAGCUUAUGAUUAAGAUUUUGUUUGGAAAUUAUUAUUUUUGUGUGCAAUCACUUUCUUGAAUAUAUCACAUUACUUUGAAAAAUAAUUUAAUUAUCGUACAUUAUUGAAUAUUAAAAUAAAGUCUUGUGAUAAAGCCUCUUCCUUCGACCGUCUGCAGUUGGUCAAGUUUAUUUGUGUAGAACAUUUCAACAGCAAGGCAGUUCAAAAUAAAGUAUUAAAAGCAUCAUACAGUUAUUGAGAAACCAUUAACAAACAUUUCACUAAACUCUAAACAGCAAAAGAAGAGACGAUGGUUUAACGAUGAAUUCAGAAAAAACAACAAUCCAGGCAGCACAGACAAAGAGCGGAUGCUGAGGCUGAAAAACUGGAAACAACUGGAAACUCAAUGGACGGUAGCAACAGAUGUAACUAAACAACUUUGCCAAGACAGAUAUAACAAGGACCCGACAAAGAACAUAGAACACAGAUGGCAUUAAAUACACAGAAGGUAUUCAGGGAAUGAGACUCAAUCAAGGGGCAGCAGGACAACAGGGAGGCUCAAUAAACACACACAGAAAAACGAAAUCCUUACAGUAACUGUCUUUAUGUUGUUUUGAAGGUUCAGGUCUGAGUCUAUCUGGGCUUAGUAUUUAUACUGC